UGCGGGGUCUGCGGCGUCUCCGUCGGCGUGCGGACGGGCGGCCAGCCGGACAACGGCGUCAUGCGCGACUGGGUCGAGGACCGGGCGCUGCCGGGCUUCCGCUUCGGGUCCCGGACGCGCGUCGUCGAGUACGACUUCGACGACGGCGUCCAGGGCGACCGCCACCCGAACCCGGGCCGGCCCUUCUCCGGCACGUACCGGCGCUGCUACCUGCCGACGCCCGAGGGCGACGCCGUCUUCGCGCGGCUCGCGGUCGCGUUCGAGCGGCGGCUCGUCUUCAACGUGGGCACGAGCCUCACGACGGGCCGGAGCGACUGCGUCGUCUGGGCGGGCAUCCACCACAAGACGCAGAGGACCGGCGGCGCCGCGGAGCACGGCUACCCGGACGCGACCUACCUCGACCGUGUCUCCGACGAGCUCGCGGCCGCGGGCGUC